GUCGAUGAUGUCACUCGGCUCUGAGUCACAGAUAUUCUAAAUUCCCUAAGGCGAGCACUUGGCCCUAUAAAUUUAAGCUUUUUGUUUUGAAGAAGAAGAAAAUUUCGAACUACUGCGGCCGCUAGGAUUUAAGUCCGAUUUUUUUUUGUACGCACAUGUUAGUUUCGGUAUAAAGUUUUCAAAAAUUUCAAUGGCUAGUGGAGGAGAUCAGCCUGACGGAAACGACGAAAUCAACAAGCCGAGCACAUCGCAAGUUCGAGAUGAGCCCGAUAUAUCUCGUAACAUAUCAAGGCGCGGCCCGUUUUCCGAUUUUAGAGAUAACAUAGAAAUUCCGGCUCGAGAAGACGUAAUUAACGAAACUAAUGGUCUAUAUCUCCAACAUUUGGCCAGGGAAAUAUCCGAAUUAGGCAUGGAACUAGGCAAUCAGCUGCGAGACUCUCGGUUUUUUACUAGACCUAGCAACCUGAGGAGCCUCAGAGAGUUGGCCGACAGGUUCGCUGAAUCGCCACAGCGACAAUGGGUGCUUGAACAGGCUCAAAACGUUGAUCUCGACUCUUUAAACUCUCAGAAUUUUCAGCAACUGCUCAAUGGCCUUUUUCAAGAAGACGGAGCCACAUGGGAAAGGGUGCUGGUGCUGUUUUAUUUCUGUACUGAUUUGUCUAUAAGAGCCAUUCAAGAAAAGUUUAUAAACUAUUUUGUACGGAUCUACAACUGGACAACUGUAUUCUUCAGUGGGCGGUUCUCCUAUUGGAUUCAGCAGCAGGGGGGAUGGAGUGCUGUGUUGGGAAGUCCCGUUGAUUACACUAUCACCGCGAAGUUGUCUUUGUUAGGGGUGUGUUGUGCCACCGUGCUGGCCCUCUGUUAUUUCCUGAAGUCAAAAAAGUGAACCACCCAUGUUGCUGUUGUUGCGAUUCUUCACUGCCAGCCUGUCAGUUCCUGUAUUGAUCUGUAUUAUUUUGUACAUUGUCUCUUUUUUGAUUUUUUACGUGAAGAGCCACAUUUAAUCUUGUUGUAUAUUCUAUUAAUGGCCCUAUUUUUCUAUUUAUGAAUUUGUUACUUUUUUUUUUUAAUAUACGGGUUUGAACCUCCUGUUGUGAUUAAAAG